GGGUUUUGGCGAUCUUGAGAAGAGGGAGAGAAAAAAGUGGGAAAUUUAGAGAGGAAAAAAAAAAGGGUUUUUGGGGUUGGAUUUUGAUUCUUUGAUUAGAGAAGACCGUGAGAGCAUCUGAAUUUUAAGCAUGGGUUGAAAUCUAUGGCGGAAUUUUUAUGUUGGAAUUCUAAAUCAUUUCUUUGAAGAUCUGAAGGUUUGAGGAGGAAUUCCGUGAAGAUAUGAAGAAUGCCUUUUUUUUUUGGUGUGAUCAUGCUGCCCGGUAGAUGUCACUGAUACUUUUUUUCUUGGUAUGAGUUUAAGUUAUGGUGUUGAAGAAGAGGUUGGGAUAUGAUUUCAAUGGCUUUCAUGUGCCUCCGAUGCUCCAAGUUCCAAAAUCAGCAAAGGGGAAGCGUUCCGUCAGGAAGAAGGUUGAUGACAAUCAGAUGUGCGCGUUUGACUUGCUUGCGACAGUGGCAGAUGAAUUGUUAGUGGGGAAAUACAGUCUUUCACCACAGAAAAUCGUCACUGGAACUUCCUGCCCUACCUCAAACAGUACCCCUCAAAAUGGAAAGCUUUUUGAAGAGAAACCGUUUACAGAUGAAGGUUUUGAGCAGGGAAGUUUCUGUCAGAGUGCAUUGGAUUUGAAGGAUUCCCAACUCGGGGAGAAUUGUCCUUUGAGGAAGCAAUGCAGUUUGAAGGAUCCAGUGCAACUGAAUUUGAAAUCUUCUGCCUUGGUUGGCACAAAAAACAGCACUGAAUCACCUUCUGUUGAGGAUUGCAUUCCUCUUAAUAGUUCCUUCCGUAGACAACGGGAUAAUAUGGAACUACCUGUAGAUAGAGAUGAUGACGAAAACUAUUCCAGGUGCACUAACCACAGCACCAUUACUUCCAAGGCCUUUAGGCCACAGCAGCGUAUAGGAAAUAGAGUAAGACAGUUACUGGCUGCAAAAUUUUCAAGAGUUAACCCCAUGAUAUCAAAGAAUGGAGAGCCUCCUUACAAUGAUGUAGGUAAGAAUGCGGUGUUUAACAGUAAGAGAAUAUGUUAUAAACGCCGAAGGACUCAAAGAUGCCCUCUUAAGAGGAGAAGGCAUUUUGACAAGCGGUCAAUAUACUAUGGUGCAGUUCGAGCUAAUAGGUUGUCUCCCAUCGUUGCUUCACAUAGAUCAUUGGAAGAAUCUGAAAACUAUCACGGAAAACUCAGUAUCAAGUCCUUCAAGGUACCAGAACUUCUAAUUGAGAUUCCUGAAACUGCCACUAUUGCUUCUCUAAAGGGAAGAGUUAUGGAAGCAGUAACAGCGAUACUGGGCGGUGGAGUACGUGUGGGUGUUCGUCUCCAAGGGAAGAAGGUUAGAGAUGACAGCAAAACCUUAUUCCAAGCUGGAAUUUAUCAUGGCAAUAAGUGGGGCAAAUUGGGAUUCGCCUUGGAACCUACUAAUUCGACUGCAGCUCAACUUCAGGCCGCAAGUUCUGAUGAACCAUGCGGCGUUAUUCCAUGCAACCCAACUGAACAACUAACCAGAGCUGAUCCUUUCUUCAUACUGACUCAAGUCUCACUUGUUUUUCUUUGGCUGUUUUCAUCUAGUCCGCCACCUUCUGUGGCUCCCGCUCAUCCCGGGCUAGAGCUUCCGCUAUCAUCUGUUGUUAAUUCUCCUGAAAGUGAUCAUGAUUCUUCACUCUCUCUUGUUGCUGCAUCAUGGGAUAAGACAUCAGCUGAUUCCAGAGCUCUCAUACCUACCCCAGUUCUUAGUAAUGGAGGUCUGUCAAUGACUUCAAUACAAAACCCGAAGCGAUCUGAGCUUGCCCAUCGCCGGUUACGAAGACCUUUCUCUGUAUCUGAAGUGGAAGCCCUUGUACAGGCAGUUGAGAGGCUUGGAACUGGAAGGUGGCGGGAUGUCAAAAUAUGUGCUUUCGACAAUGCAAACCAUCGUACGUAUGUAGAUUUGAAGGAUAAAUGGAAGACAUUGGUUCACACUGCAGGGAUAUCUCCUCAGCAGAGAAGAGGAGAACCCGUCCCCCAGAAGCUCCUCGAUCGUGUCCUCAUCGCCGAUGCUUACUGGUCUCAUCAGCAGCGGUUUAAACUUCCGGUUAAACCCCCGCCGACCGAUGCCUGCAUGUAAACUAGUUGGACCUUUAUCUGCUGAAGUGUAGGCAAUUGAGAAGAUAAUUUUGUAAAUAAAGUUUCAUUUAGCUGAUUAAAGUCAAAACCAGGUGUAUUGGUAGAAUUUGGUUGGUAUGAAUUUUUUUUGGAUAUAUAAUUGGGACAAGGUCAAUUUUUAUCUGUUGAGUUUGUUUGUUUC